CUCUCUCUCUCUCUCUCUCUCUCUCUUGUUUCACUGUUCUCUUUUUUCACCUUCGCAAAUUCAAAAAAACCCCAAGAAAAUUUUCGUGUUCUUUUCCUGGUAGAUUUUCUCGGCAUCCAAACAGGGCUUGAAUCAAAUGUGAUGGGAAGCGGAUUCUCCUCUCUCCUCCCUUGCCUCAGACAAGGGCACCGCAGCCGACGUCAUCACCAACCGCCGGCGCAGCCUCCGCCGUCCGAUCUGAUCUACUCUCUCUCUGAGCCCUUGGAUGAAACUCUGGGCCACUCCUACUGCUACGUCCGAUCCUCGAACCGCUUCGUCUCUCCCCCUCACUCCGAUCGUUUCGUCUCUCCUUCCGGUUCAUUCCGGUUCUCUCCCUCCCACGAACCGGGUCCCGGUUCCGGUACGGGUCGGAUCCGACCCGGUUCUUCCUCCGAGCAGCUCACGACCGUGUUCAGAGCCAUCUCCGGCGCCUCCGUCAGCGCCAACACCUUGACUCCCAGAACUGUCCUCCAACUUGACAGUAUUUACGACGAUGCCACUGAGAGCGCUUUCGGCGGUGGUCAUGCGUACGGUUCGCGAAGCUGUGUCGUCAAUGCCAAUGGGUUCGAAGGAACAUCGUCGUUUAGGGCUCUUCCGCUGCAACCGGUGCCGCGAGGCUCCAACGGCGCCGGAGCCGCCGACCAAUCUGGUCCGAUAGAGGGAAGCGGUCUGUUCAUGUCCGGUCCGAUUGAGAGAGGCACGAUUUCUGGGCCUUUGGAUCCGAUUCCUGGAUCCGAAUCGGGCGGCGUGCAUUUCUCGGCGCCGCUUGGUGGUUUGUAUUUGAAGAAAAGGAGGAAGAAGAGGAAGAAGAGCCUCUCGUGGCACCCGAAUUUCGCGGAGAGGAAGCAACGGCCGUGGGUUGUGCCGGUGCUGAACUUCGUAGGUGGUCGGAAGGAGAACAUUGUCGGCCCCGACGGCAGCGGUGGCGGCGGCGUCCUCGACGAGGCUGCGGCGGCGGAGAGGGCGAGGAGCGAUAGUGAGAGCGACUUACAGUGGGCAUUGGGAAAGGCAGGAGAGGAUAGGGUGCAAUUGGUGGUUUCGGAGAAGCAAGGAUGGCUCUUCGCCGGAAUCUAUGACGGGUUCAAUGGGCCCGACGCGCCGGAAUUCUUGAUGGCUAAUCUCUAUCGUGCUGUUUAUAGUGAGUUACAGGGCUUGUUCUGGGAAUUGGAUGAACAAGACGAGCAGUUAGGAGACAACAUUAACAAAGAUGACAAUCCAACAGCAACAAUUGCGGUGGAUAAUAGUAAGACAGAUAGUAGUUCUGUAGAGUUAGAACAACAGAGCAAGGUAGAGGUUGAAGUCGAUCAAACUGCAAGUACCAGCAGUUUGGAGACAGAGAAUGAGAUAACCGAUAGAGAUGUAUUACAAGGUCAGGGCAAAGCCAAGAACUUGGCAUCUCACCCCGAGGUCGAGGAAACUAAGGUGAGGAAAAGGUUGUGGGAGCUUCUUGCAGAGGCUGAAGCAGAAGAUGGUUUGGAUCUUUCAGGGUCUGACAGGUUUGCCUUCUCGGUGGAUGAUGCUCUUAGGGCAAGCGCUGCUGGGUCUGUUGGCAGUAAGAGGUGGAUGCUGUUGUCAAAAUUGAAGCAGGGUUUGUCCAAACAUAAGGAGGGGGUUUCCGGGAGAAAGCUGUUCCCUUGGAGGUUUGGCUUGGAGGAAAAAGAGGUAGAAGAGGUGGAUCAUAGGGUAGAGGAACAUUCUGCGAAGCAGAAGAAGAGACGAAAGGCUGGUCCAAUUGAUCAUGAACUGGUUUUGAGGGCAAUGUCUAAUGCCCUCGAAGCAACAGAGCAAGCAUUCCUGGAGAUGACGGAUAAGGUUCUCGAUACAAAUCCUGAGCUUGCGUUGAUGGGUUCGUGCUUGCUGGUUGUGCUGAUGAGGGAUGAGGAUGUAUAUGUAAUGAACUUAGGUGAUAGUAGGGCACUUAUUGCGCAAUAUCAUGUAAAAGAAGAGGGUUCUAGCGUUGAGAUAGGAGGGCAAGAAGAAGAAAGAAGAGAUGAUUUAAACAAAGAGGAUGAUAGCAAAGAGCCCUCUGUUGCGGAUGAAAAGGAUAGUGCAGUGGUAGAUGAAACUCCUCCUCAGACGUUGAAAUUGACUGCCUUGCAGUUGUCCACAGACCACAGUACAAGCAUCGAGGAUGAAGUAACAAGAAUAAAGAAUGAGCACCCAGAUGACAGCCAAUGCAUUUUGAAUGACAGAGUGAAGGGUCGGCUUAAGGUGACCAGAGCGUUCGGGGCAGGGUUCUUGAAGCAGCCCAAGCUGAAUGACGCGUUACUGGAAAUGUUCCGGAAUGAUUUCAUCGGCACCACUCCAUACAUAUCAUGUUUGCCUUCCCUUCGUCACUAUCAUCUUUCCGAGAGCGAUCAAUUUUUAGUUCUCUCGUCCGAUGGGUUGUACCAAUACCUGACCAACGAGGAAGUUGUUUCUCUUGCCAUGGAGAAGUUUCCAGAUGGAGACCCUGCCCAACACGUAAUACAAGAACUUCUCGUUCGAGCUGCCAAGAAAGCUGGACUGGCUUUUCAUGACCUUCUCGAUAUCCCACAAGGAGAUCGAAGAAAGUAUCACGAUGACUGCACCGUCCUUGUUAUAUCCCUCGAAGGUAGGAUCUGGAAAUCCUCUGGGAAGUACCUCUGAAAUGAAAUCCCGGCCAAACACUUCAAGCCACCUGAGGAAAGAAUGAUACCCGGUUCAGGUCUUUUUGCCUUAUUUUUUUUUUUCAUUUUCACCUUUUUGAUGAGUUUAUAUAUCCAGUUUUUAGAAAUUUUCGAGUAGAUUAGGGUUUUUUCCAUCAAUUAGGUUUAGUAUGUUGGCUGUUUUAGUUGAAUAUGAUAUGGUAGAAGAUGGGUUGAUAGUGGGGAAAGCCAAAAAGAAAAAAGAAAAAAAAGAAGAAAGAAAUGGUAUGUAAUUUGGUGAAGAAAAGAGGAGAAGGGAAGGGGGGCCAAAAGGGGUAUACAUGCACUUUUGCAGAUGUUAAAAGAAGGAUAAGGACAUGAAGUUCUUAUAAUGUCUUAAUUUGGUGGAUUUAGUCCCAAUUUUGGUU